AUGGAUCGAUCCCCUUCAAGAAACGAAAAAUCAGGAGCUCCAGAAGAUGAGCUCGAAGAAUUGCAAAAAAGAGUAACCCCCUCAUUAAAUUUAAGAAAUAAAUAAUGGCAUUGGCAGAAAUAAGACUCAGAGGCGACACCUCCUGAUAGAGCGGUAGACCGGCGCGAUAGGUGGAGAAAGAUGCUCUUCGUGGGGGAAGUAGGCCAUCUCAAAGUGAAGCCUGCAGAAACAGAGUGUUUUUUUUUCUACAGGGAGAUUUUCCUGUCCCCUGCCAGAUGGGCUUGAUAGGCUUUGCCUACCACAUAGCCUUUUGCCUACCACAUAGCCUUUGCCUACCACAUAGCCUUCUCUGUUGGGGCAAUAGGGGCACUCUACAGAUGGUGGCUCUGCCCAAGGAAGCUGAUCCCUUGGAAAGGUGGUUCAGGUCGGAAAUCUAAAAUAGUGUCCUUCCUUUUCCUCAUGUGAGCUUAGAAGUCUAUAGAGCUGUUAUUUCUGGAGCUGAGAUGGUGCAAAGGCUAGUGGGUUUCCCGCUUAUGGCUAAUUUAACAAUUUAAUUUAAUUUUUAAAUUUUCAUUUAAUUCGAACAAAAAUCUUUUUCUUUAGCAAAACAAAAUAUUUUAACUCCCCCCCCCCCUCCGUGAGCGAACAAAAAAAUUUAUAUAUAAAUUUUUAUAAAAAAUAUUUUUUUCGAAAUUUAAAAAAAUCCUAAUUUGCAAAAAUUGGGAAGCAAAUAUUAAUUUAAUUUGCAAAAUUUAUGUUUUAAAAACGCAAUUUGUUUAAAAUUAAACAGAAUUAGCUCUAGAUUUCAUUAUACUAAUUAUCACUUAUAUAUCAAAAUUUUUUCCAUUAAAAUUUUUUCUAUUAAAAAAAAUUUUGUUCACUCACGGAGGGUGGGUUUUUGGUCAAAAAAUGGGCGAUUUUUCUAAUGGUUUUGUUCGCUCACGGAGGGGGGGGGGGGAGUAGUAAGUAAAAUAUUUAUAUAAAUUUUAUCAAUUUCAAUUGCUAACUUUUUUUCUAUUUCCUUAUAUUAAACAUAGAGUAAUUUAUAGUCAAAUUAGAGCAAAGCUAUUUACAUAAAAAUAAUUAUUUUGCAUAUAAAAAAUUAGAAAAGUUUUAAUUAAAAGAGGAUCAAUUUAUCCAAAAAUGAAAAUUUGUCAAAUUCUUUGAUGGGAACGGACUAAGUUACUUGGAAGCCGAGCGCAAAAAAGCAAUAGAAAAUCUCAAUUUGACUCGAAAACAAAAUGAAGAAACUAUCAUUCAGCUUCAAAAAGAGCAUAAAGAACUCCGUGCUCAGCUUAAAGCUUCAGCAAAGCAGCCCACAUCUGCUGGAACUUUACUUCAGUCAGAUGAAACUGUUGAAGGCAUAAAAAUGCGACGAAGGCUUGAUCAGCUUAAAGGAUUUGGAACUGAUAAAGAAAGCCAACUUAAAAUCCUACAAGAUAAGCUUAAAGAAAUGAACUCUGACCAAAAAGGAAAUAUGCUAAAUGAAGAUGCCCCUCAAAUGAGGCAAAUCAGAAUUUUAGAAAACCGCUUAGACAAAGCAAUGAUAAAAUACAAUGAAGCCCAAAGUAUCAGAAAAACCUAUGAGCAAAUCGUUAAACAACUAAAAGAAGAAAGAGUUGCUUAUGACAAUCAGCUGGCAGCUAUUGAAAGAUCACUAAAAGGAAAAGAGCACGAUUUUGAAGAGCUUUUACUGCUAAGCCAUGAUGCAGACCACGCCAAAGAAACUUCAGAAGCUGAGCUUUGCAGAUUUGAAGCCCAAAUAACUGUUGAAAGAAUGACAAGAGAAAAAAACGUUGAAGAAAAAAAAGACGAAGUCACUCAAAGAAUUGAAAUGACGCAAAAGCUAGAAAUCGCAGAGCGCAAGAAAGCUGGAAAAGAUGAGCAGGAAUCUAAAGGGUUCAUGAGUAGGCUUUCAGCAGGAAUCGCCAACGAGGCAUUUCACCAUCAGCAAGCUCGUGAAGAAAAGCAAAAAAUUAAAGACUAUGAAGAUGCUUUUAGAAGGAUAAAAGAAUCAACUGGAGUCACUGACGUGAACGAAGUCAUCCAAAAAUUCAUGACCCAAGAAGACACUGCAGCGAACCUUGAAAGCUUAAGAAGUGAGCACCAGAAGAAACUGGAACAUUUAAGCAAGCAAAAACAAGAGCUUAAAAAGCUUGUUGACUCUUUAAAGUAUUCAGCUGUCAGUGAAACUGAAAGCAGAAAACAUUUUGAUGAUCUUGAAGAAGAUGUAAAUAAAGCAUCAGGGAAAUAUGAUAAAAAUAAAGCCAAGUUUCAAAGGCUAAUGAGCAUUCUAACCAAUGUUAAAGCAGGUGUUGAACAUAUUUUUGACCUAGUAGAAGGAGUAAAAAUAGAAGGGCAAGCUAAUAUACCUGUUACCGAUGAUAAUUUGAUAGAAGCUCUGGUGCAGAUCAAGCAGAAGAUGAUAACUAUUUAUGGGUUAGUUAAUUAGUAAUAGAGAGAUCCCUGCAGGCCUAAGAGCCACUACUUUCGUUCAUUAUUACUCUACUGUUUGCUUGCCAGCCUGGAAACCACUUUCUACUUUUUUGUUUCUCACGAUGAGGGCUUAAUUCUCUGCCCGAGAGUCAAAAAGGGGUUAGCUUCCAGAAAAUUUACAAAUCAAAUUUUCUGGCCACCUGAAGACUCAAAGCCCAGGAAGCAACGCUGGUAUCAGCACUGCUGGGUCCGCUUUAGCUUUAUCUCCAAUCGGUUAAAAACUGGUUUAAUCUGACACUUCACUCCUUGAUUCCAUAAAAAACUUAUAGGCACAUUCCCGAGAAUCAUCUUACCUCUUACAAGCUUCCGAUUCUCCCAACGAUAAUGCCAUCUAUAUGUUUUAAGAGGUUGGUUCGCCAUCGUUUUAAUGUAUAAAAGAAUUUAUGGACAGGUGAAGACUUCUGAUGUUUUCAGGCUCUUUGAAAAGGAAGGUAGCCUGAUUUCGAAACUCACUGAUACCGCGCAAAGAAAUGUGUCAGUUUUGCAAGCGAUUUAUUCAAUUCCUGAGCUCAGCAGUUCAAAAGGAUUUUUAGAAAGAGGGAAUACUAAUAAUUGUAGGGUUAAGAUGCAAACCCGUGAAGAAGAGGAGCUCUCAGAUGAAGGAAUUGAUGAAGAGAUUGAGGAUAAGCUGGGAGACAAAGAUAAAGCUAAAAGAGAACAAUUAAUUAGAACGGAAAAACUUGGAAGAGGACUUAAAGGGAAACGAACGCAAAGUGCAGCAUCGAGGAAAAGUAGAAAUAUUGAAUAA